AUGGCCCUUCAAUAUGGUGCAAGAUUGGUCCUACAGGAUGGAGCUCCAGAUGCUAUGACUGGGGACAAGGCUUCCCAGUCCCAAUUCAGUCUUGAGCCAUGUCAAGGAGCUUGCUGGGUAUUUGGGUACAAUGGGUUGAUGAGGGCUAAGUAUUUGGGUGCAUCCUUGAGUUUGCAAAGCUAUACACAUGUUCUCAUGAUGGACAAUGCAUCAAACUGCAUUACAACUUCAAAUGAGCUUGCAAAGCUGGAAAUGUUCAUCUCCUUCUUCUUUAAGCAACACAAGUGUUGCAAGGGUAAUUCAGUUAUCCAUCUGGCACAUGAGGAAGAACUGAAUGAGGAGGAUCAAGAUCUUGCUACUCUCCAUAAAGGUGAACUCCUGGCAGGUGCUAGUCCAGAUCAAGAGGCACAUGAUGAACAGGUUGUAAUCUCUGCGGAGUCACAGAGCACCUUGAAGGAUUUCCCAAACGUCAUGGGUCUUUCCAAGAAGGUUCAUGACUCACCAACUUUGAAGGAGGCAUUUGACAAACUUGUGGAAGCUGAUAUCACCCUGAAGACUGAUUGCCUUAUGCUAGCGCGAUGCUGCCUGACUUACUGGAAUACCGAGCACAAAUCUACAAGCUACAAGCUCAAGUCACUUGUCUUAACAGAGGAUCAGUCUGCCCUUAUUCCAGAUCUUCUCGAUGUUCUUGAGAUAUUCAAUGCUCCUACAAAGCUAUUCUCAGAGAAGGCUGGUAAACAGAUGCCAUUGAUCAUAUAUAUUAUCCCUAUGUUUGAAGACAUGAUGCAGCAGCUGCAGUCUGUGCACCAGGAGCAUGAGAUUGCUGCUGUCCUUUGGGUUGCUGCUCAUGCUUCCUUGAAGGUUGUGCAGAAGUACUACUCACUUUCAUCUGACUGUCGGCCAUCUGUUUCUCAUUGA